AACAAUAAAAAGGCCCCUUCCCCCUCGCCCCUAUUGCCUCGCAAUCCCCCAAUUAGCCCACGAGCGAUAGAGAGGCCACGGUGCGACCUCCUCCUCCUCCUCCUCCUCCACCGCGCCGCCUCUUCGGCUCCUUCGUCUCGUCGUCCCCGGAUUCCAAACCCUAACCCUAAAAGCCCCAGCCCGAUCUCGAUCGCCAUGGAUUCCCAGCAGCAGCAGCAGGAGCAGCAGGAGCAGCAGAUGGCGGCGGUGCUGGGGCCCGACCCGGCGCCGUUCGAAGCGCUGGUGGCGAGCCUGAUGUCCUCCGGCAACGCCGAGCGCUCCGCCGCCGAGUCGCUCUUCCACCUCUGCCGCGACCGCCAUCCCGACCCCCUCUCCCUCCGCCUCGCCCACCUCCUCCACUCCUCCCCCCGCCCCGACCUCCGCGCCAUGUCCGCCCUCCUCCUCCGCAAGCUCCUCUCCUCCUCCUCCUCCUCCUCCUCCUCCGAUUCCUCUUCCUCCUCUUCUUCUUCUUCUUCAACGACGACGCCGCCUGUCUGGCCGCGCCUCUCCCCCUCCACCCAGUCCUCCCUCAAAUCCCUCCUGCUGUCUGCCCUCCACCGCGAGGACUCCAAGUCCAUCUCCAAGAAGCUCUGCGACGCCGUCUCCGAGCUGGCGGCCUCCCUCCUGCCCGAGAACGCCUGGCCCGAGCUGCUGCCUUUCCUCUUCCAGUCCGCCGCCUCCCCGGCCUCCCCGCACCUCCAGGAGUCCGCCCUCCUCGUCUUCGCCCGCCUCGCCGACUACAUCGCCGACUCCCUCCGCCAGUACCUGCCCACCAUCCACGACCUCCUCCUCGCCUCCCUCUCCCACCCCUCCUCCCCCGACGUCCGCAUCGCCGCCCUCGGCGCCACCGUCAACCUCGUCCAGUGCCUCCACUCCUCCGCCGACCGCGACCNAACGCGCCGCCGGAGGACCGGCCUCAACUCCCUCAGCCACUCGCGCCCGCCUCCUCACCUCGAGGCCCUCGAGCUGCUCGUCGAGCUCGCCGGCGCCGAGCCGCGCUUCCUGCGCCGCCAGCUGGCCGACGUCGUCGGCGCCAUGCUGCAGGUCGCCGAGGCCGAGGACCGCCUCGAGGAGGGCACGCGCCACCUCGCCGUCGAGUUCGUCGUCACCCUGGCCGAGGCCCGGGAGCGCGCCCCCGGGAUGAUGCGCAAGUUCCCGCAGUUCGUCGGGCGGCUCUUCGCCGUGCUGAUGAAGAUGCUGCUCGACAUCGAGGACGAGCCCGCCUGGCACAGCGCCGAGGUCGAGGAGGAGGACGCCGGCGAGAGCGGCAACUAUGGCGUCGCGCAGGAGUGCCUCGACCGUCUGGCCAUCGCUCUCGGAGGGAAUGCCAUCAUGCCCAUCGCCUCCGACCUGCUCCCGGCUUACCUGGCAGCCCCGGAGUGGCAGAAGCACCACGCCGCCCUCAUCACCCUCUCCCAGAUUGCCGAAGGCUGCGCAAAGGUCAUGCUCAAAAACCUGGAGCAAGUGGUGAUGAUGAUCCUCAACGGUUUCCAGCAUCCCCAUCCCCGCGUUCGGUGGGCGGCAAUCAAUGCGAUUGGGCAGUUGUCUACAGAUUUGGGUCCUGAUUUGCAAAUCCAGCAUCACCAGAAGGUUCUUCCUGCAUUGGUGUUGGCAAUGGAUGAUUUCCAGAAUCCCCGUGUACAGGCUCAUGCUGCUUCCGCAAUUUUGAAUUUCACUGAGAAUUGCACUCCGGAUAUUUUGACACCUUUCUUAGAUGGGAUUGUUUCUAAAUUGCUUGUACUUCUACAGAAUGGUAAGCAGAUGGUGCAAGAGGGAUCAUUAACGGCUUUGGCAUCAGUUGCAGAUUCUUCACAAGAACACUUCCAAAAAUACUAUGAUGCAGUUAUGCCUUACCUUAAAGCUAUCCUAUUUAAUGCAACUGAUAAGUCCAAUCGAAUGCUACGUGCAAAGUCCAUGGAGUGCAUAAGUUUGGUAGGGAUGGCUGUGGGAAAGGACAAGUUCAGGGAUGAUGCAAAGCAGGUGAUGGAAGUGCUGAUGACACUGCAAGGAUCUCAGCUGGAGACCGAUGAUCCAAUAACAAGCUACAUGUUGCAGGCUUGGGCCAGACUAUGCAAAUGCCUAGGACAAGAUUUUCUUCCUUAUAUGAGUGUUGUCAUGCCACCAUUGCUUCAAUCUGCUCAGCUGAAGCCAGAUGUAACCAUUACGUCCGCUGAAUCAGAUGAUGAUAUAGAGGAAUCAGAUGAUGAAGGAAUUGAGACAAUCACCCUUGGAGAUAAGAGGAUAGGCAUUCGGACUAGUGUAUUGGAAGAGAAAGCCACGGCUUGCAACAUGCUUUGUUGUUAUGCUGAUGAGCUUAAGGAGGGAUUCUUCCCAUGGAUUGAUCAGGUAGCUCCUACGUUAGUACCUCUCCUCAAAUUUUAUUUUCAUGAAGAAGUCAGAAAAGCUGCUGUUGCAGCUAUGCCGGAAUUACUUCGUUCGGCAAAGUUAGCUGUAGAAAAGGGACAAGCCCAAGGUCGUGAUGAAUCCUAUGUUAAACAAUUGUCUGACUAUAUUAUUCCAGCACUAGUCGAGGCUCUCCACAAGGAACCUGAAACUGAAAUUUCUGCGUCCAUGUUAGAUUCAUUGAAUGAGUGCAUACAGCUUUCUGGAACACUUCUUGGCGAAAGCCAAGUUAAAGCCAUUGUGGAUGAGAUCAAGAAUGUGAUCACAGCAAGUGCAACUAGGAAACAAGAAAGGUCGGAACGAGCAAAAGCAGAAGAUUUUGAUGCCGAGGAAGGGGAAUUGCUUCAAGAAGAAAAUGAACAGGAGGAGGAAGUGUUUGAUCAGGUUGGUGAAUGCUUGGGAAGCUUGAUAAAAACCUUCAAAGCUUCUUUCUUACCAUUCUUCGAUGAGCUCUCAGUGUAUAUAACACCAAUGUUGGGCAAGGAUAAGACAGCUGAGGAGAGAAGGAUUGCCAUUUGCAUUUUUGAUGAUGUUGCAGAACAAUGUCGAGAAGCGGCUCUCAAAUAUUACAAUACCUAUCUUCCUUUUCUAUUGGAAGCAUGUAAUGAUGAAAAUGCAGAAGUCCGACAGGCUGCAGUUUACGGAGUUGGUGUUUGCGCUGAAUUUGGCGGUCCAGUGUUUCGGCCUCUUGUUGGAGAGGCUCUCUCAAGGUUAAAUAAUGUGAUAAGACAUCCUGAUGCGCGGAAUUCCGAUAAUGUAAUGGCAUAUGACAAUGCUGUGUCAGCUCUUGGGAAAAUAUGCCAGUUUCAUCGUGAUAGCAUUGAUGCGGCUCAGGUUGUUCCUGCUUGGUUGAACUGCUUGCCGAUAAAAGGCGAUUUGAUUGAAGCCAAAGUUGUGCACGAUCAACUUUGUUCGAUGGUUGAGAGGUCUGACACAGAGCUUCUAGGUCCUAACAACCAAUAUCUUCCAAAAAUUGUAUCAGUUUUUGCUGAGGUAUUGUGUACUGGGAAGGAUCUUGCCACUGAGCAAACGACAAGCAGGAUGAUCAAUCUCUUGAGGCAGCUCCAGCAGACGUUGCCACCUUCUGUUCUCGCCUCAACAUGGUCUUCUUUGGAGCCACAGCAGCAGCUCGCCCUCCAGUCCGUACUGUCACAAUAGCUUCUCUCAGGUACUGCUGCUCAUUCUUUUUGGUGGGGUCGUGUUUGCCUCAGUAUUAUAAAAUGGUCGUCAUUGUCGCAAUUGUUUAUCCAUUCUUUGCAUCUAUUUUAUGACUUGUGGUAUUCAUGAGUGCAUUUGCUUGGUUGGGGUCCUUGGAACUGCCAGAUCAUGUGAUUUUCAUGUAUAAUAUUUGUAUUUUUUUUUUGUAUCGGCAUGUGUCUGGAGAUGAGGUACAACAGGAGAGGUUAAAGAGAAAAGAAAAAUAAGAGACAGAGCUGCGAAAUAUGUAGGUGGUUUGUAGGGGUGAGAUGAGAAAGUAUUCUUGUAUUCGUUUUGGUGCGAGUUUCUUUUUCUUUUUCUUUUUCUUUUUGGGUUCCCUUUCCUUUUGUGACUGUUGAAGGUGAGAUUAUGGGUUUAAGUCAAAAAUAUCUGCUUUUGCAUUGUGUUUACUUGUUUUACUCUCGCAGUCGGAGAAAUCUGGGUAAAGUAUUAUAGCUGUUAUUGUUUUA